AUGCCCCGCUCAAGGCAACCCGCUCGGUUCUCGAGCGAAGCUCCCUCCGAAUCCUCCUCCUCGACCUCUCCCGAUCGUACCGCCGAUGACGACACCGAUUUCUUUACAGCCCAGGCAAAUGAUUCACAGUCCUCCGUGGGCCUCGCGAACGGUCGGGAUCUUCAUGCCUAUUACGACUCAGAUCGGGCUCUGCCGCCCGUCGGGCGCUUGCCCCCGGAGAUCUUGAUCGCCAUUUUCGCGAAACUGAGCUCGCCAGCCGACAUGAUAAGCUGUAUGCUGAGCAUCAGCUCCACGGUGGGCGAUCCGAACGGCUUUUUCUCCUACUCGGAGCUGAUCCGGAGGCUGAACUUGUCCGCCUUGUCGAGCGACGUGAGUGAUGGCACGGUGAUGACCUUUGCUCAGUGCAAUCGAAUCGAGCGACUCACGCUGACCAACUGCUCGAAAUUGUCGGAUAAAGGGGUGUCGGAUCUGGUGGAAGGGAAUCGACAUUUGCAAGCGCUGGAUGUUUCGGACCUGCGGCAUCUCACCGAUCACACUCUGCACACAGUGGCGAAAAACUGCCCACGGCUCCAAGGCCUCAAUAUCACGAACUGUAUCAAGGUGACCGACGAAUCGCUGAUUGUCGUGUCGCGGAAUUGUCGGCAGAUCAAGCGGUUAAAACUGAAUGGUGUCGCGCAAGUCACGGAUAAAUCGAUCUUGUCGUUCGCCCAAAGUUGCCCGGCUAUUCUGGAGAUUGACCUGCAUGACUGCAAGCUCGUCACCAACCAGUCCAUCACGGCCUUGAUGACGACGCUACAGACCCUGCGUGAGCUACGGCUGGCCCACUGCAGUGAGAUCGACGAUAUGGCGUUCCUGGAGCUGCCACCGCAUAUUUCCUUGGAUAGCCUGCGCAUCCUGGAUUUGACAUCCUGCGAGAAUGUCAAGGACGCUGCCGUUGAGCGAAUUGUGGCAUCGGCGCCGCGCUUACGAAACCUAGUCCUCGCAAAGUGUCGAUUCAUCACGGAUCGCGCAGUCUGGGCCAUCUGCAAGCUCGGCAAAAAUUUGCACUACGUCCACUUGGGACAUUGCUCUAACAUCACCGAUGCGGCCGUGAUCCAGUUGGUCAAGUCUUGCAACCGAAUCCGGUACAUCGACCUGGCGUGCUGUAUCCGCCUGACGGAUGCAAGUGUGCAGCAGCUGGCUACAUUACCUAAACUCCGGCGGAUCGGCUUGGUAAAAUGCCAAAACAUCACGGACAACAGCAUUUUAGCCUUGGCAGGCCCCAAGGCUUCCCACCACUCAGCAGGAAUUAGUAGUUUAGAACGGGUGCAUCUUAGUUACUGUACACAUCUCACUUGUAGAGGAAUUCAAGCGCUCGUCAAUAGCUGCCCGCGUCUUACGCAUCUCAGUCUGACGGGAAUUCAUGAGUUCUACACGCGGGACGAAGUGACUGCGCACUGCCGCGAGGCACCUCCAGAGUUCACCAACCAACAGCGCGAGGUAUUCUGUGUUUUCAGCGGGGAUGGCGUGAAUAAACUGCGCACCACCCUGAACCACAUGCUUCCACCGAUUCCGCCGCAGGAUUUGACGGAGGCGACCAUGUAUGAUGACGACGAGGAACUCGACGAGGAUGAGGGCCAGGUAACUGGCCUGAUGCGCGCCACGGCGGCCACGGCGAUUAACGACGAUGAAUACAUUGACAUUGGACAUACUCACGGGAAUGACAUAAUGACGGCGGCUUUCUUCCGCCUCGGCUUUUCCAGCCGCAAUCAACCCACUCCUUCCUUUCUCCGCAUCUCAGUAUUCAUUCCACCAUUGCACUGUAGCUCAGCUCAGCUCGAACCAAAGGCCGCGAUGUCUACCCCGCGCGCCAAUCCACUGGCCUUCACGCGCUGGCCCGUCACCCUCAUCACCACCGCCGUUUAUCUCGCUUUUGUGAUCCCCCUCCUGAUCGUCCACCACAUCCUCCCCUCGGCGCCCAGCCCAUCCUCUACUCCCAACGGUCUUGAUCUUCACGAAGCAUGGGCCGAUCUCCAGGUCCUGACAAACGGCUACCAUCCGUAUAAUUCGCGGCGGAAUGACGAAGUCCGAGAAUGGCUCCUGCGACGGGUGAAGGAGAUUGUCCACGACAAUGACGCGGAUACACCCGACCCUGGCCUACUCGCGAUGCAGACAGCCCGGGUGCAUCCUGUCGCAUUCCACAGUCACCAGGGCGCAGCAGAACCCACCGUCUAUUCCACCGACGACGACACCAAGCCCACCGUCUACAUCUUCGACGACAAUCAGUCGAACCUCUCCUUCGUCGGCAAUACUCUCAAAUCUUCCAAUACGGCUGUCUACUUCGAAGGCACCAACCUGAUUGUUUAUAUCCGUGGUGAGGAUGAUGAGGAUUGGUCCUUGGAGUCGGGCCAGGGAGGAGAAGGGGGCGUCCUCGUCAACGCCCAUUAUGAUAGUGUCUCCACCGGUUAUGGUGCUACGGACGACGGAGUCGGUGUUGUCACCUGUCUUCAGCUGAUCAAGUACUUCACCACCCCGGGCCAUACCCCCCGUCGCGGCGUGGUGGUGCUGUUCAAUAAUGGCGAGGAGGAUUUCCUGAACGGAGCGCGCGUGUUCAGUCAGCAUCCGCUGUCAAAGUUCACGCGCACGUUCCUGAACCUGGAGGGUGCCGGAGCCGGAGGUCGGGCGAUCCUGUUCAGGGGCAGUGAUACCGAAGUGACCAGGAACUAUAGGCGGGCGAAACACCCGUUUGGGUCGGUGUUGGCUGCCAAUGGGUUCGAGGUGGGACUGAUCAGUUCCCAGACGGACUAUGUGGUGUUUGAGGGAGAUCUGGGCAUGAGGGGCUUGGAUGUUGCGUUUAUGGAGCCGAGAGAUAGGUAUCACACCGAUCAGGAUGAUUCGAGGCACACGACUGUGGAAAGUCUGUGGCAUAUGCUGGAGGCGGCGGUGAAGACGACGGAGGGGUUGGUCAGUGAUGACGCUGGGAAGAAAGGGUCGCGGGGAGUGUGGUUUGAUCUGUUCGGGGCCACGUUCGUGGUGUUCCAGUUGCAUACCCUGUUUGCAUUGUCGGUGACGAUGCUCAUUGUGGCGCCCUUGGGCUUGUUGCUGACGAGCGUUGCCCUGAGCCGGGCCGACAAGAUGUAUCUGUUCCGGUCCACGGUCAAGGGGCUGGACGAUGGUGAGGCUGUGUCGUUGCAGGGACUGCGCGGAUUCUUCAGGUUUCCGUUUCUGUUCGUGAUCCCGACGGCCGUCACGGUGGGGUUGGCGUAUCUGGUGACCAAAGUCAAUCCGUUGAUCAUCCAUAGCAGUGAGUAUGCGGUCUGGGGUAUGAUGCUGUCGGCCUGGACGUUCCUGGCCUGGUUCGUCUCGCGCGUCGCCGACUUUGCUCGUCCCUCGGCUUUCCACCGCGUGUAUACUUUGACGUGGAUGUUUGUGCUCGCCUGGGUGAUGCUGGUGAUUGCGACGGUCUACGAGAAUCAGUGGGGCCUGGCUGGCGGCUACUGGGUGUUUUUCUCCUUCUGUGGCACUUUCCUGGCCACUUGGAUCUCCUAUCUUGAGCUCUUCGCUCUGCCCCGGAAGUCCGAGUACGCCAGCCAGUAUGCCCCCGUGGCGGCGUCUUCGCGCCGUCCCAGCACUUACGGCGGCAGUCGACUGGGCACAGCCUCUGGGGAGGAGCACACCUCGGAGCACGACGGGGACGAGCACGCAGAGUCGGACGACGAACAACCCACUGAGUCGACUUCUCUCCUCGGGGGUGGCCAGCGUACCACUUUUGCCAACUACGUGCACGUCACGGGUGGCCAUGAUGACCACGACGAACCCAGCGACCCGAAUAUCUACGGCCUGGAGCAGCGCUGGAGUGCACAUAUGCCGAAAUGGACUUGGGUGCUGCAGUUUCUGCUUACCGCACCUAUUGUGCUCAUCAUGGUCGGCCCGCUGGCGUUGCUGCUGACCAGCGCACUACAUCAGACCGGCCAAGACGGCAGUUCCUCUCUAUUCAUCUAUAUCUCCGUCGCAGCCCUGACUACCUUCCUCCUCACCCCACUCCUCCCUUACAUCCAUCGCCAUACGUACCACAUCCCUCUGUUCCUGCUGGCGAUCUUCCUGGGAUGCCUGAUUUACAAUCUGGUCGCGUUCCCGUUCUCGGCGUCCAACCGCCUCAAGAUCUUCUUCCAGCAGGAGAUCAACCUCGAUACGGCGGCCACCAGCGUCUCACUGAUCGGGAUCUCGCCCUUCGUGGCCCAGGUCGCCCACUCGCUGCCCAGCGCUCAAGGCCAGAAGCUCGCCUGCGACCCCUUCGCCCAGCGUACGAAAUGCUCCUGGUCCGGUCCCAUGCCGGACGUGGUCCCCUCAGCGCCAGAGGACUACAAGUCCUGGCUGACAUUCAACAUCUCCUCUCCGGAGUCCUCCCGCUCUGCAACAAACGACCCCCAUCCCGCAGAGGGCGAUAACAUCAAGACGGCCCAGAUCCAGGUCUCCGGCCGCAACACCCGCGCCUGCAAGCUCCUCUUCGACACCCCGAUCUCCUCCUUCAGCGUGGCAGGCAGCGCCUACGAUCCCCGCUUCCCGCACACUUCCCCUCGAGGCACCAAGGAGAUCCGCCUCUGGAGCCGCGAGUGGGAGAACACCUGGACCGUGGACGUGGAGUGGACCGUUCCGUCCAUAGUUCCAGAAGAAGGCGGUGUCGUAACCGAUGGUAACGGGGAGGAGUACAUCCUCGUCAACCCCUCUUCUUCGCGGGCUGGAGAAGAAGAUGAUGACGCGAAGCUGAAAGGCCGCGUCGUCUGCCUCUGGAGCGACCACAAUCGCGUCGGCGCCAUCCCCGCCCUCGACGAAGUCAAGCAGUAUGCGCCGGUUUGGGUGGCCGCCACGAAGUUUUCGGAUGGCUUGGUGGAGGGGUAUAAGGAUUUCGAGGUAUAG